UUUUGGCGGGCACUUGGCCCAUCAGAAACCCUAAACUUGCUCGAAGCUCUGUCAAUGGCGGACGAAGCGGCUCCGCUCCUGAGCCUCGCCGAGAUCGGCGGCCGGGGGCGGGCGCUGGUGGCGGCCCGGCCGCUGCGCGGCGGCGAAAUCGUCCUCCGGGACUCUCCGAUCCUCCUCUACUCCGCCCUUCCCUUCACCAAACAACCGCCUCCUCCUCCUCCUUCUUCUUCUUCGACUCCUCGCUACUGCGACGGUUGCUUCAAAAUCUUGCCUCAGCCCUCCACGUCGCGCGCCGUCCCGUGCCCCUCGUGCGGUCGCCACGCGUUCUGCGGCCCCGGCUGCCUCUCCGCCGCCGCCGCGACGUCGCACACCCCCUGGGCCUGUCUCGCGCUGUCCCGCCUGGUCGCUUGCCCCCUGCUCGACGGCCAGCCCCUCGAGCGCCACGUCCAGGCUCGGUUCCUGAUCGCCGCUUUCAAUCUCGCCGCCGUCUCCCCUUCCGAUUUCCAGCUGUUGCUCUCUCUCCGGGGCCGAGAGGCCCUCGCCGGCGGCAGCGGCGGCGGCGGCGACACCGUCUCGGCCGCGCUGUUCCUGCAUCCGCUGCUCGCCUCGGUUUGCCCUCCCCCUCCGCCGGCUUCGCCUUUUCCUCGGGGGUUUUCUGUUGAGAUGAUCGUCGCGUUGCUGUCGAGGGACAAGCUCAAUGCUUUCGGUUUGAUGGAGCCGGUUUCGUCGCAGGACGGCGGCGGCGGCGAAGUGGAUGGGGAGAGAUCGGUGAGAGCUUACGGUAUUUAUCCUAGAGCUUCGUUCUUCAACCACGACUGCCUGCCAAAUGCUUGUAGAUUUGACUACGUGGACUCUGCUUCCGAUGGCAAUGCUGAUAUAAUCGUGCGGAUGAUCCAUGAUGUUCCUCAAGGGAGAGAGAUCUGCUUGAGUUAUUUUCCGGUCAACUUGAAUUAUGCGAAUAGGCAGAGAAGGUUGAUGGAAGACUAUGGGUUCGCCUGCGACUGCGAUCGCUGCAAGGUCGAGGCCAAUUGGUCCGAUGAGGAGAAUGAGCACAAUGAGAGUGGCGAAGACGACGAUGGCGAUGGUGAAGGGAUGGAUGAGGACGCCGAUGAACAGAUGAGCGGGUCGGAGGCGGGUAUUGCGGAGGAGAAAGAGACCGAUUUCCCCCAUGCGUAUUUCUUCAUCAGGUAUAUGUGCAACAGGAAGAACUGCGGCGGGACGAUGGCUCCUUUGCCUCCGUCGAACAGCGCACCUUCUGAUGUAAUGGAGUGUAAUGUGUGCGGUCAGCUCAGGAAUGCGGAUGAAGAGACGGAAGCCGAUGGAGAAGAGGAUAUGGACGAGUGAGCUCCCCCAUUUUUGAUCUUGUAUGAAGCUCUUCUACUCAUAGACUCACUUCCAUGUUUUUCUCUCUAAUGCAUCCCUUAGCCUAGCUCUCCAGCCAAGUCAGCUGUGAGUCGAUGCAUAACAGUAGAGGGACCUGGUUGGCUAACUUGUAGAACUUUGCUUCAAAAUCCAAUGUUCUUGUGGCGAAAGUUGUGGAUUGCGAGUACUCUUGAGUUUCUAUUGUCACCCAUUUUGAGGGAAAAAAUUGAGUUUGUAAUGCCGAAUGCCAUGUGCAAUGUGACUAUGGUGGAGCUAUUAUUCUCCGGAGGUGAAUUUUCUUUCUUUAUUUACAUUGAGGAUAGUGUGUAACAUCUGAUAAAUGAAGUAAGGGGAAGUUUUACCAUGA